AUGUCGAACCACAACGAGUUGAACAACAACACGGCCAAGAGGCAGAAAUUUGAAAAGUUCAUAAGGACAGGAUGGAGUAUUUCCAAACCAGAGAUUCAAUACAUCCACGUGCACGAAUGCAUUGUACACAUCUUGGGCGACUUUGAAGCCCACCAUAUAAAUGAAAAGGUCUGGGCUGAGACCGACAACGGCCUGAUCGCCAAGUAUCAAUGGGACUCCCACUGCUCCAAGACCCAGACAGCUCAUGAUAGGUUUUUAAUCGCGACCUACUUUGGCGGGCUCGCGUCGAUGAACAAUCUGGGUGACCGCAUAAUGAAGGAAAGGAUCCUAGACGCGGACAACUUCGAGUCCAUUGAACAACUUCCCACCGUGCCCUUCAUCGCCUUCACGCCCGUCGAUUGGAGGCACAGCAAGGGCAACUGGAUACGGCCUGUUGUCGCUUGGGAGGACGAGCCGGCGGUCGACGCGGUAGGACUAGACAACAUCGCGAUCGAGCUUGGCCCCGACUGUCCUUCCGCCUUCUAUGACCCGCAGAUGUGGUACCGCCUCAAGCGAAUCCGUGACCAGCUUGAGUCCUGCAGCUUCUGGGACCACAUCGACUACUCCGACAGAAUGCUUCACACGAAUCUUCGCUACAACGGCCUCGCCAUCCGCAUGCUCUGGUACCUGAUCGCUCACCUCUUUGAUCUCCAGGACAGUGAAAAUUUUACCGAAGACAUGAUCAUGGACAUGGCUGAGGAAGUUGCCAACGGUCUGCAGGAUGAUCUCAAUUACGCCAUCGACGACACCCGCGGCCCUAGCUUCAAGGUCCCUACCGACAACGGUGAGCUUAUCAAGCAUAUCGACCGCAUCCGCAAAGCUGUCCUCGAACAGCAAGACGUAUACCGCUGGCGGCGCAACGGCCUCGGCACACUUGCCACCGCUUUCGCCCUGAGUAUCAAUCGUCCAGGCCCCCCUGUUAUCGACGUGCCAAGAGAGGAGCCUCACAGCGCUGGUUUUGGACAGCCUGGUGCCAGCCACAGCGUCAAAGAAGUGGCCGGGGACUACAUGGUCGAAUAG